CCUGAGCAGGCUGUGCUGUUCCCGCAGAGAGCCGUCGUGCGCAUGGACGAGCGCAGGGAAGAGCAGAUCGUGCAGCUCCUGAAUUCCGUCCAGGCUAAGAACGACAAAGAGCAAGAAUCCAUGUCCUGGUGGUCCGGGGAUGAGGAAAGCCCUACAGAACAGCCUGUGAAGGUGAAACCAGAUGCUGAAAAGGCUACUGUAAGACGGAGACCGGCCUUGGAAAAAACAUCCCUGGAUCGGGAUGUGGAAUAUCUCUUUGAAAAAAAUGAACAGGAUACUGAUUUAGAUGAGCAGCUUAAAGAAGACUUAAGGAAGAAGAGAUCUGAUCCCAGAUAUAUUGAAAUGCAGAGGUUUCGAGAGAAGCUCCCCUCCUAUGGCAUGAGAGAGGAGCUCGUGAACCUGAUCAACAACAACCGUGUGACUGUGAUCAGUGGGGAGACGGGCUGUGGGAAGACGACCCAGGUGACCCAGUUCAUCCUGGACGACCACAUCGAGCGCGGGAAGGGCUCCACGUGCCGGAUCGUCUGCACCCAGCCCAGGAGGAUCAGUGCCAUCUCCGUGAGUGCCCUCGGCAAACUCGCUUCCUGGGGGGGGUUAUCUCUGUGA